AUGUGCACUGGACUUGUGCGCGGCAAGGAUGUAUCCAGCGCUGAGAGAUUCGAUGAGCAAGAGGAAAAUGACUUCAAGAAAACCUUCACUGACCGUGAAGGCCAGAGAGCCAUCGAAACCCACGAGAAAGCUGCCCCCAAGGAAAGCCAGAAAAUACAACUAGACCACGAACGAAACGAGAAAACUGCGCUCAAGGAUUCUUCGCAAGGGUUGAACCGAAGCUGGCACGUGUGGGGAUUAAGCUUGAGAUAUUGUACCCGGGAAGGAAAGCAAGGAAAGCGUUAA